UCAAGAUGGCGACCACAAGCCAAAGUGGACCAUCGUCGAAUGACGGCAGUUCUUCUUCUACUGGAGAUUCAAACCGGGAACAAGACGCAAAUAACGCAAACUUCGAGUGUAAUAUCUGUCUGGAUACAGCAAGAGAUGCGGUUAUCAGCCUUUGUGGGCACUUAUUUUGUUGGCCAUGCUUACAUAGGUGGCUUGAAACAAGACCAAAUAAAUCAGUAUGUCCAGUGUGUAAAGCUGGUAUAAGUAAAGAUAAAGUCAUCCCAUUAUUUGGACGAGGAAAUACAACAAAUGAAGAUCCUAGAGAAAAGAUGCCACCCAGACCCCAGGCAAGAAGACCAGAACCUGAAAAUAAUGGAGCUUUCCAAGGAUUUGGUCCAUUUGGAGAAGGUUUCCAAUUAUCAUUUGGGAUUGGUGCUUUUCCUUUUGCCUUUUUUACUUCAACAUUUGGUGCAAAUGGGCCCCAGACAGCACAAGCAGGCACACCUCAAGCACAAGAUGAACAAUUCCUAUCAAAGUUAUUUCUUUGGGUUGCAUUUCUGUUUAUGUUCUGGUUGCUUAUUGCAUAGACUACUGAUAUGAACAAUAACUAGAGUAAUUUAUAGCCAAUAUGAUAAUCAAUGAUGACACAAAUGUGGCCAGGUUUUGGCACUUUCUGUUGAAAUAGCCCUAUGCCAAGUUUGAAAGAUAGUAUGGCUUUCCUUCAAAGCAAGACCACUAGUAAGCUUAUAAUGUUUUACUUCACAGUUCCUAGCACCAUCUUGAAAGGUAAACAAGCCUUUACCAGUGAGACAGCCUUUGAGUUUGCAAUGAUAGAUAGCUUUGAAUAAUAAUUGUCUUAGGUGCGAACAAAAGGUAUCUAUCACUGCAGGCCCAACUUCUAACAUACCAAACAUCAUAUGCAAAACAUUCAUAAAUGAAGGUGACCCAAUUUAUCAUCAGUCUUUACCUGUUCCUGGCCGAUCAUUGAUCUAUGUGGUCCCAUUGUAAAGGAUUCAUUGAUAUUGAGAUCAUUUGGUGGUAUUAUUUUAUAUCUUUGACACAGCACUGUAUAAAGCUAUAUCAGAAAACCUUUAUUGAGAUACUGCAAUGCAUUGUUUGUAUUAAACUCGAUGUUAGCUGCGUUAAAAAUGACAAUAAUUUUAAGUUCAUUGCUCUCCGUUGAAGUUCUUCACUGUAUGGGACUGAUAUAGCCAACCACGAAAAUUUCUUUGGAACAGUGAUGUAGAGUGACCAGCAAUGUACGGUAUUUUAGUCUCGGAACACACUAUCUUACAACAGUUCAAAGCUGUGAAACAAAGUAAACUAUAAAAAUAGAGUGCAAACAUAGCGCAGAAUAAGGAUAAUUGACUAGGAUUCUAGUAACGCUAUAACCUGAUACAGUGCAUAGACCCAAGAUUCAGCAGUAUAGAAUAGAAGAAUAGCCGGUUAAUAGCCGUUAUGGGUGGUUAAUUUAAUACCUUUAGAUAUGAUUUCAAUGGGGUUGUUGUAAAUAUUAUAAUUCAAUAUUAUAAAAUGAAUUUACUUUAUUAAAUGCGUUGUUUCGUUA